AUGUCGUUUAUCAAAACAAUAUUUCCUGCUUCAAAACGACGCAAGACGGACUCGAGUACUUUCGUGUAUAAACUUCGUUUCAUCUUUGCAUUCUCUGAGGUAUUUUUUCUUUGUAGUACCACUAGUGAACGAGAGCUUCGACCCGAUAUGCUUCGGAUGGUACUGAUUGAAGCCGAACAGCGAGUACUGUUCGACACUGCUUCUAUAGUACCGAUUGGUUGUAGGAUCCUUCCAGCGAAUGCUCAACUUUCAGCUUGUAAAAAAUUCCAGCUUCUCAAACGUCGACGUGAUAUUUCGACAAUAUCACAAAUGCUUUUUGGAGCAAUGCCGACAGCCAUUGGCAGCGAUUCGUUUAAAAUUCACACUAUAACGUAUGUAAUGAUUAUUUGGAAUUCGUUGAAAUCAGUAGAAAUCUAUGUAUCUUCAGUGAAGACCAGCGAUUCAUGGCCGCCAAGUUGGACUGGGAAUUAUGUUGAACGCUGCAGAAAAGAACUUUCUUUUCCAGGUUCGGAAAUCACAUCAUUGAACGUCGUCGAGAUGUUUUUUUUUUUUUUUUUUUUUUUUUUUUUUGAGAAAAAAGUCAACGCCUAUUAUUUACAGCAUAUUCCCUUGGUUGAAGCCGAAAUGUCUCGUCUUGAGAUGCGAAUCACAAGCGCUGCAGCAAAUUCGACAACAUUCUUCAUUAAUGUUAAUAAGGCUUGGCAAGAUUUUUGCUCAUCGAUUUGUCAACUUCAUAAUGCUCCUCGACUUCGUCAUCCCGUAUGGCUGAGCCUGUUGGAGCGUGACCAUAACGAGAAUGUAGUUGUGGCCGAUUUCUGCAGACAACUGACCCGACUUGUGGAAAAGCUGGACACCAAGCAUACGAAAUUCUUCCUUUCGAAUUUGAUUUCCACGGUUCUGAUGCAUCAUAUGUCGUGGGUGGCCAGUGUAGCACCACCAUUACACGCACCAACACAUCUGCACGAGAAAAAUCAGCUCGUUGGCUCGCCUCUUUCACAGAUUUUCAAUGAUGAAGCGCCUUAUAUGCCGUACAAUGCACAAAUUGCCCAAUACUUGGAGAUCAGUGGCAGUGUUGGAAGUGUACAUCGCAUGGCUAAGACGGUUGUGAGCGGUUUCGACAGCGAUCUCAUAACAUCAAUCUUGCAAGUGCUGUCCUAUUUCAUUCGUUGCUCGGCCAUCCAUCAAAAAGGUUAG